GAAAUACUCACUCUCACUGUACUAACUUUAAUCCCUCAAAUCAAAAUUUUCAACCAAAAAAAGAAAAAAAAAAAAACAACAAAAACAAAAAACACAUUAACACAUAAAAAGCUAGUUUUGUUUUACUGUUCCUUGUUGCUUUUGCCUUUUUUUUUUUUUGUGUUGUGUUAUAGCUCAAAUUUUUUGACUGUGCCACAAUCUGUGGCCAACUUCAAAUCAUUGCUGUUCUUCACUUUUGUCUCAAAAAAGCUACUCCCUCUCUUCAAUUAGCGUAUGCACAUUCUUCAAUCAAACUCUCUCUUUUUUUGCUAUUAGGGUUUUUUUUGUUUUUCUCUGUCUAAGUGUGUGUGUAUGUGUUGAUUUUUUUUCUGUUUGGGUGGUGAGAAAGUGAGGGGGAAAAUGUGGUUGGAAGAGAGUAUGAGUAGUCAAUGAGAGUUCAUCAUAAAAAAAAAACAUGGGGUGUGUGUUUGGGAGAGAGGUGAAGCAGAGUUCAGUGGGGAGAGAGAGGAGGAAAGAGGAAGAGGUGGAAGAAGAUAAUGAGGUUAGGGUUGAGAGAGUUGUGGAGGUUGGAAGAGAGGCUCAGAAUGGUGAGAAUAGUAAGGAGAAAGAUGAGGAGAGGAGUGUGAGGCCAAAGAAGAGGUCUUCUUCUAGGCCUAAUCCACGGCUGAGUAAUCCGGUGAAGCACGUGCACGGCGAGCAGGUGGCUGCCGGGUGGCCCUCCUGGCUCUCUGCUGUCGCCGGUGAGGCCAUCAAUGGCUGGACGCCGCGGCGGGCCGAUACAUUUGAGAAGCUUGACAAGAUUGGGCAAGGUACAUACAGUAAUGUGUACAAAGCUAGGGAUAAUUUGACGGGGAAGAUUGUUGCAUUGAAGAAGGUUCGGUUUGACAAUUUGGAGCCUGAGAGUGUGAAGUUCAUGGCCAGAGAGAUUCUCAUUCUACGCCGUUUAGAUCAUCCCAAUGUUGUAAAAUUGGAAGGUCUGGUGACUUCGAGGAUGUCGUGUAGUUUGUACCUUGUUUUUGAAUAUAUGGAGCAUGAUUUGGCUGGUCUUGCUGCGAGCCCCGGAAUUAAGUUCACAGAACCUCAGGUCAAAUGCUAUAUGAACCAAUUAUUAUCUGGGCUUGAACACUGUCACAAUCGCCAUGUACUGCAUCGUGAUAUAAAGGGUUCAAAUCUUUUGCUAGACAAUGAAGGAGUUCUUAAGAUUGCUGAUUUUGGAUUGGCUUCGUUCUUUGAUCCUAAUCACAAGCAGCCUAUGACUAGUAGGGUGGUUACUUUAUGGUACCGUCCUCCAGAACUUCUUCUUGGGGCCACUGAUUAUGGUGUAGGUGUGGACCUCUGGAGUGCUGGUUGCAUUUUAGCUGAGUUGUUGGCGGGGAAGCCUAUCAUGCCUGGACGCACGGAGGUUGAGCAGCUACACAAGAUAUUUAAGCUCUGCGGUUCUCCAUCUGAAGAGUAUUGGAAAAAGUCAAAACUGCCACAUGCAACCAUAUUUAAACCCCAACAGUCAUACAAGCGAUGCAUAGCAGAGACUUUCAAAGAUUUUCCACCAUCAUCUAUGCCACUAAUUGAAACCCUCCUUGCAAUUGACCCAACUGAACGUCAGACUGCCACCGCUGCAUUGAGGAGUGAAUUCUUCACAACCAAACCUUAUGCAUGUGAGCCUUCUAGCCUUCCCAAAUAUCCUCCCAGCAAGGAGAUGGAUGCUAAGCUACGGGAUGAAGAAGCUAGAAGAUUGAGAGCUACUAGCAAAGCUAAUCCAGAUGGUGUGAGGAGAUCUCGUCAACGUGAUCGAGCUAUGAGGGGAAUUCCUGCUCCAGAAGCAAAUGCUGAGCUUCAAGCCAAUCUUGAUAGGAGGCGUCUAAUCACACAUGCAAAUGCAAAGAGCAAGAGCGAGAAGUUUCCACCUCCACACCAAGAUGGAACACUUGGCUAUCCUUUGGGUUCUUCACAUCAUAUUGAUCCAGCAUUUGAUCCUCCUGAUGUUCCAUUCAGUUCUACAAACUUCUCAUAUUCAAAAACACAUAUCCAAACAUGGUCUGGCCCAUUAGUGGACCCUGCUGCUGUUGGUGCUCCAAGGAGAAAGAAACAUGCAGCAGGUGAUGGUCAUGGACACUCAAAAUCAUCAAAAAAAGACUCAAGAAGAUAAGAAUUCUGCUCAUCAUGGACAGUCAUUCAAGAAGAUAAGAAUUCUUCUCGGAUCAAAGAGACAAGAGGCAUGUAAUAUAUUUUUUUUUAUAUGAAUUUCUGAGAGCAUUCAUGAAGCUGCAAAUGCUACUGAUUCGGUGUCUUAUAUUCAAGCCGGAUGUCAUAUAUUAAAGCCGGAAAAGCCAAUUAAAUUCAAUGGAGAGGUAAUAUAUCUUGUAAUCCAGUUUUCAAUUUCUUGUUCUAUUUUUGAAUUGUGAGAGGCUUCUCAAUAUUGUAUAUUUUUUUAUUAUAUUAUUUCCCCCCUUGAGUUGAAAUACUCUAUCAGGUUAGUUGAAAUUCUAAUAAAUUUGCAUUGAGAACCC